AUGACAAGGCUGGCAUGGGAUAAUGUUCAUGACCCGGACAAUCUUCCUAUCGAAUGCUUCCGGUGUCAGAAACAGACCGCAGUGCCGUGGACAACACGGCGCGGCAAAGGACUAGCAGAUGAUGGGUUCUUACAAGUGUGCCAAUGGUGCAAGUUUAUCCUACGAAGAGACGCUCUUCUCGCUCAGAGGCUCCGCCGGGAUUUACAUCUACUGCUGGAGACCAAUGUCCCGUUGCCUGGGACAUGCUGGAGCGUCGACGACGGCUUGGCUCCCAAUGAAACGACAGACGAGUUCUUAAAGCAGCCUCUAGUAGACCUGUUGCUGGAAGAAACUCGCCCGACGAAUCUAUUCCCGAAUAUGACUCAAAUAAUCAAGGCGAGCACCGAGGCAGUUGGGAGUCAAUCUGUAGCCAUGCUUCAUGAUAUCUUCGAGCACUAUCAGUAUGUCGGAAACUCUUCCUGCGAUCUGUAUGCCGCUGUGAUGAGAGUAUCGACGGCAUCAACGCUGCAUCUCGAUUCCGAUUUCGAAUCAUCGCAGAUCGAGAGCCGAUACAUUGAUUUUUUGCGACGGCAAAACAAGGGAUCGUCACGGCGUUCCACUCCCCAAACAGAUAUCAUGGAUCCCCUCAAUUUGUUCUGGAGCACGCAUUUGCUGAGGCCGCAUUCAUACUGUGCCCUUUCCCGACGAUUUGGCAAUACCGUGCCAGUGGAUUGGGGCCUGCCACAUGGAUCUCAGACUUGCAGCCUGUGCCAGACGCUGUGUCCACCUUCGUUCGCCCGUCGGUUUAUCCGAGGUCUUACUACGUUGUCAGAAUGGAAGGAGUGGCUAUCCACUGUGUAG